UAUACCACAUAUUGGUAUGUCCCUAAUUCCCCCCGACAGGUGUUACUCUACAGAAAAAAACUCCUGAAAUUCACUUACGGCUCACGGUUACCGCUAUAUUAACGUUUACUCACAUCCCAUAUAACAAAUAUGACUUAGUGGCUGCAAUGGAAUUGAAGAUAUUGAGUUUGAGCUUUUGGAUUUUCAUUGCACAUUCGAACGGACAGGGCUUGUCAUUUAAAGCCCCACCAUGCGCCGAUACCGGGGUGUAUCUAAGCGUGAUGACGUCAUUGACAGAUGGUCCGUUACACGAGUACCAGGCCCCACGGAGUUGCGCGUAUUUCCGCCAUACGCCUGGUAUUGCUGGAGGCUAUCAACACAUAAACGUCUCCGCCAUGGCUUGUAAAGAUGGAGUUGCCCAGGCCGGAUGCAGCAACCUCUUAUCUUCGGCAACAGAGAUGUCAAACUACAGCGUGGAGAUCAGAAAAGCACGUGAAGAUUCACUCUACUUGGCGAUAGAUCUCAAAGAGGCAAAGCAUAUUGUCAUGAUAGUGCUUUCACAGAGGAAUAAAUCCUCGUCUCUAUCGCUGGAGUUCUCUUACAAUGGCGUCAACUGGCUUCAAAUGCAGGAACAAGGCUCCUUUAAGGAAAUCAUCUUGAGCUCAUCGAGUCCAUAUUACAUUACAACACGGUUAUUCCACGCGAGGCAUGUCCGAGUCGAGUUCGAUAAGACCGCUGACCGCUGCAAUGGGCCUUAUGCUGACCCUUACUUCACAGUCAGCGUGUAUUAUAACAGCAACCCAGAUGCUGCUCUAACAGCACCCUUGCAAAAGUCUUGGACUGGGUACGAAGGCUGCCGUACUCUUCCAUCGACCGCGGUAUAUUCUGGACUCGGCAUGCACGAGGGAAUGGAGACAUGCACGUGCGCUGGCCGAUGUUCCCAAUUGGGGUACAGCCACGCCUUUGUCGAGGGUACGACAAGGUGUUACUGUUCAGACACGGUCCCGUCUGCUAUUGGUCCCGACGUGAAUUGCAACCUCCCGACCAGCACGACCCAGCAGUAUGCGACAACCCUAGAGCUGACGUCAGACGUUCUGACGUCACUGGCCGCCCCAGAGACCGGAACCCUUUUGUCACAACUUAGAAUCUCCCUCUCCUCCACUGCUGACGUCACAUGCAAGUCAACACUGGCUGUCUUAUUUGGGGACGGCGUGGCUACUCAGUAUUGCGGUUCGUCGGUUACACACAGGUACCAGUGGGUUGGAAACUUCUCCGUUUGGGCCGAAGGGCGCAGCGCGCGCGGUACCUCCGUGUAUUACAAUGGAACGAACCAGAUCACCCCUCUUCCUUUCCACGUGGAACUCGUCUGUCCGGCGGCUGCCCUUCUCACAGACAACGUCACCUGUUAUGUGCAGGUCACGGGAGGGGAGGGUGUGGCCUUCGUCGUGGGGUGGGGAGACGGAGCAACGGAACCGGAAACAACAUCACCUUUCGGAUCGUGGAGUGCAGUUGGUAUGGAGCUGACCCUGCCCCCCUUCGACGUCGGUUUCCAUGACAACUGCCCGUUGUCAAACUACACACAGUUCGGUGACACAGGUGCUGUGAUGGUGGGGGAUCAGGUCGCGGUGGAUUAUGGGUAUUUAAGUGCUGUUGACGUGUGCUUGUCAAAGCCAGGAGAUCUUCACAUACAGAUUCUACGACCUCUCUCUGAAAUGAGGAGAACUGCGUCGAGUAACCCCGUGCUGGGGUGUGGAGGGGAGGUACUCGUCGUCGAUAAGGGGGAAUGCAACUCCACCAAGCUUUAUGAAACCAGCAGCUUGAGUGACUUGAUUGUAGUGCAGAACUAUGUUAUCGCAAACUUGAGCGCAGGUUUUCAUCAAAUUGAAAACAAGACGACCAUUCCUCUUCAAAAAGGUGACUACUUUCUGAUAUAUACCGGAGGGAAGAACGGAUUAAUCACUUCCAAACCAUCACCGGGCAAGAAAGUGAACUUCUACUCAAUAACGACGACCGCUGGCAUCGAAACGUCGUUUACUGGUGUCCCAACGAGCCACGAGCAAACACUUGGUAUCCAGUUCAUCAUAACAAACAGCUUUAGGUACGAGAUGAAGCAUAUGUAUGCGAGCCGAGGGAAAUAUGACGUCACUCUCACAAAAGGGACUGCGCCGCCUCUCUCUUCUACUGUGGAAGUGAUCGAGCCAGUCAGAAAUGCGAGCGUAUACAAACCCCCUUGUGCUGCUGUGGGGAUUCCUUUUGAGAUGAUGCUGAACGCAAGUGGACAAGAUGUUCAAGUCCUUGUGGACUUCGGUGACGGCACCAACCUGUCAGUCCCACUUGGUCCGGUCACCCACAACUACACUCUUGCCGGCAACUACCUCAUUUCAAUCAUCUUCAGUAACUCAAUCAGUGGCAUUCUAAUCAACUGCCUUGACUUUGAGGUAGUUCACGAGAUCAAGGGGCUGCAAAUCGCCCCAUGUGAGGAGGGGGUUCUCACGGGCACCUCCCAUCCCUCUGGCAUCUCCCUCCAAUCCGGCAGUGGCAUGAAUGUGAGCAUCUUCUGGGACACCGCAGAUUUCGGUUUGCUGAACUUCACUACUACUAAUACGACUGUUUCUGUGAGGGGCGAUGUCUUGCUUAUUGGAGCCAAUCAAACAUUUCCGAGCCCUGCCGUCCUAACUCUUACUGCCUUCGUCUCCAACGCUUAUAAUAACGUUACGAAUUCUUGUCGCAUAUUUGUGGAGGAACAAAUAAAAGCCUUCACCAUACUGCCACUUGAGCAGUAUUAUCGCUCUGACAAACCUAUUUAUAUUUUGGCGAAAGUGGAUAACGGGACGGCCCCAGUUUAUAAUGGAACCUUGAGGGACGCCACACCAUUACUGUUUAACUAUACCGAUAACAAUAUGGUUACUUCAAAAAUCGAAGUCCCGGAUAUUAUUGUUGGUAACAAUAGCUUCAACAUUUGCGUAAGCAACCAUGUGACUCCUCCCCAGUGCCUCACGGGCAGUUUCAUAGCAUUACUUCCGGUCAGCGGCGUCGAAAUAAAAUCUAGGCCCGCGUUGUUCGUGGCCACAGACCAGAACCUCAUGCUUCUGGCGUCGUAUACUGCGGGGGAUAUGGUAGGGUGCACUUUCACCCUUGAGAACCACACCCUAGGGGCAUAUGACCCCCUUAACUAUACUGCGACUACGGCUAUUACAAAAGUAGGGACAUACCGGAUUUCUACUACCUGUAGUAACCCAGUCAGCAACGAUACAGGCACAGGCCGUGUAACCGCCAUGGUUCCGAUCAGAGACAUGACCUUGACCUGCGACUCCCCGCAGCCAAUCAAGAUGCCUGUUAUAUCCUGCACGCUAGAAUCAGGCCUACUCCACCCGACACAACCGCAAUGCAUUGUUGAUCCUGGGGAUGGAACGGCUAAGCAAUAUUUCCCAAAAUGCAUCCUGCCGCUGUAUUUCAAUCACAGUUACUCAGCGAUCGGUACAAGCAACCUUACAGUCAUCGUGAAGAAUAAUGUGUCUGAGCUCGCAGGCAGUCAUCUGUCAAUCAUCCUAGAGAAACCCUGUCAUAUGCCAAAAUGCAACAUCGCCAACGCCGGAGACACGCCUCUUAACGCUUCGCUACGACGAACACGAACGGCUGACGUACUUCAACUCGUUACAGACAACUUGGUGGAAUGCAAAGCCUCAAGGGCAACUCUCUUCCAGUGGAGUGUGCGAAAAUACACCGAACUUGCAGACCCUCUUUCACUUGUUAACAUGUCUGAGUUGAACACGACACAAGCCAAAUUAAUUGUUCCACCCUUCAGUCUCACACCGGGUGUAUACGAGGCCACAUUCACCAUCCGUAUGGUACAUCCUGUGACGGGAGAGGUCAAGUGUGUUAGCAAGAAGUACUUUGAGGUCGUCAAGAGUCCCUUGAGCUGUCAUAUUUUUGGUGGCAGUGCUCGCACUGAUGGUAAUGCAAUCAAAGGUGAAGUAGACGCGUCCGCGAGCUUUGACCCCGAUAGCCCCCCUCACACGGACCACGCCCUUCACUUCAUGUGGUACUGCUGGGCCGUUGACCCAACACAGAGGGCCCAACUCUUGGCCAGCGGUCAUAAAGACCCUCUCUCACACCUGGAACCCCCCCUCGGGGCAAAUCUGACGACGGGAUGUUUCGGUCAGUUUCCUGGGUUGCUGUCGUUUAAUGGCAGUCGUUUUGAGUACGAUGCGGGGAUGCGCCGAACCACAUCUAUGUUUGUUAUCGCCUUGAAGUUAAGCAAGGACUCGCGGGUGCAGUACUGCCAGCAAGUGAGAACACUUCUAGACGCCAACGUGCCAUCUGUGUCAUCCCGGUGUAAGGGGAACUGUAAUGAUGUUUGUCCAGCCAUGAAGACCACUUUCCUCGGCGCGUCCCUGGAGCCGUUAAAUGACCUUCUCCUUGACUGGGAUCUACUUUUUGCUUAUAACAAUUCUGAUAUCGAUAUCAACAACAAGACGCUCACAGAACCCACAGCGCAGAACAUUGUUUUUAAGCCGGAUGCCCUCCAGCCUGGUGUACGAUAUAAACUGAGGUUAAACGCAUUAAGAAAAGGGGAGGUUGAUACAGGAUUUUCCGAGAUCGCGUUCCAGACAAACAUCCCCCCACUUGGCGGCUCUUGCUCAGUCUCGCCGGCUCAAGGUCAUGCGCUCACCACUCAGUUCACGGUCACGUGUGUCAGCUGGUCGGAUGUAGACGAGCCUCUUUCUCUUGACGUGUACAUCCGGGAUGGUGCACAAGACACCCUGAUCGCAUACGGAGCCGUAACUUCUGUCUCUUUUGUGCUUCCUGUCACGCCAUCCACGAAGAACGUCACGGACCUCAAGAUCUUGAUCAAAGACAGCUUUGGUUGUUACUCAAAGCGCAUACUUAUGGUCAAUGUGAGUUCAGACGGAGACAUGCUUUCGACUAUCGAGACGCUUUUGAAUCAGGACGGGACAGUUAUGAAUAUGAUUCUCGCGGGAAACACGAAGGACGCCUCUCAGUUGAUCGCCGCCUCCAGCUCACUCCUGGUGGAGAUGUUAAAGAGCUACACCGCAGCGGGGGACUCACCCUUGGGCGGGACAACGGAAAGAGGAGAUGGCGGUUCGACACCUGGUGGAGUAAAUGAAACAGCAGUGAAUAUUUUAACUACGAUGAUCGAGAGGGUGGUCAACAUGACGUCACAAAUUCCUAUUGUCUCAAUGGAGGACGUGAAACAGAUAAGCGGGACUCUGGCGUCCAUUACUGGGGUGACCUCCUCCCUAACACCCACAGCGCAGCAAACUCUGGUUAACACGCUGAUGGAAUCCGUUUCCGUGUUCUCCGCGAGAGCGAGCUUAGCAACGCCCGAGGACGCUAUGAUUACUUCAUCCGCUCUCGUCACAACAGUCGGUAACAUAGCCAAGUCAGUGAAAGAUAGUACCUUGAUGGCAAUGAGUGCGUAUGGCGUCAUCUUAGCAAAUCGGACAGACAGUGAACCGGACAUUUCGUCUGAUCCGGACAUGCAACGUUGUCUAGCUGAUAAACAGCAAGCUGAGGCCAUUCAAGCGGCCGCCAUUUCUGCUCUAGAGUUCACGAUCACAACCCUCGUCAACUCCUUGAGGGAUCACGUGACAGCCGGGGAGAUGGACACGGAUUUCGUAUCAGAUCACCUCAAUAUGACGUUUAGCAAAGUGUACGGGACAGGCCUGGCCAACAAGUCGAUCAUGGCCGGGGAGGCCAUCGUAUUACUUCCUCUCGACCCGAACGUCAUCUUCACCUCAACAAACCUCUCCGCAGACACCGAAGUCACAUUAUCGCUCCACAGCAUGGACAACAUCUACCUCGCAGAUGACGGUGCAGAUAACGUCAACGGAAGGACCAGCACAUUCGAGAUGUCUACAACAAACGGGACGGCAUCUGCUAGGGAUAUGUCAAGCCCAGCUGAGAUAUCACUCCUUCAUGACGACGCCCUGCCCGCUAUAAACACCACGCGUUUCAAAUUAACCGCUAAUCUCCCGCACUCCAUUAAUGUCACUUACAACGACAGCUCAAUACACGCUCAGGUAGAGCUCUUCGAGUGUUCGGUAAACGUUCGGGUGUACCUCCGACGAGAGUUCGAGCCGACGGUUGUUGACUAUGACUACAUGUGGACGCUACCCCGAAAUGACACGCCCCCAGGUGUGGAUAACCGGACAGUGUUUGUGUCUAACGUGGACUUGAAUCGGACAGCAGCUGGUCAGUACUUCCUGCUGGUCACCCCGGACACCCAUGACGUAAUAGAGCUUUCCCCAAAUUGCAGUUAUAUUUUGCAGUCGUACACCGGAAGCUGUCUGUACCGGAAUGUUAGCACGCAAGCCUGGAUGGGUGAUGGAUGUGAGGUUAUAGAACGAUCUUCCCCUCGCACGACCAUCUGCUCCUGCAAUCACUUCACCACAUUCGGCAGCGGUUUUUUCGUGGCACCGAAUCCUAUCAAUUUCUCUGAGGCGUUCAAGGGUUUCUCGAACUUGUCGGACAACCCGGCCGUGUUCAGCGUGGUGGUCAGUGUCAUAGGGCUUUACAUAAUCCUCGUUAUAUUCGCAAGGCGUGCGGACAACAGCGAUGUCAGAAAGGUUGGCGUGACAGUUCUACCCGACAACGACCCGCGGGACCGUUACUCGUACGAAAUCUCCAUACACACAGGGUUCCACCAGGGUUGCGGGACCACCGCUCGGGUCUACAUCCAGCUAAUCGGCUCCAUCAGCGAUAGCCACACGACGGAACUCCGAGACGCUAAUCGGCCGAGGUUCCAACGAGGUGCUAUCGAUCAGUUUCUAUUCACUGUACCAGAGUCUCUUGGAAAACUGGAGGAGUUGCGUAUCUGGCAUGAUAACUCAGGCCUGAGUCCCGGAUGGUUCCUGUUCAAAGUCCAAGUGCGUGACGUUCAGACGGAUCAGAAAUGGUGGUUCGUCUGCAACAAUUGGCUUGCCGUCGACGAGAACGAUGGAAGUGUGGACCGCACUCUCACUGUGGCCAACAAAAAGGACCUCGCAAAGUUCAACAUUCUGUUCGUGAACGCCACGCGAAGAAAUCUGUUAGACGGUCAUCUUUGGCUCUCAGUAGUUACCAGGCCCCCUAAGAGCACAUUCACGCGUGUCCAGAGGCUGACGUGCUGUCUUGUGUUGCUAUUGACAACCAUGGUAUCUAACGCCAUGUUCUACCAAGUUGGGCCGGGGAAUAAGGACACUACUAUUACCUUGGGUCCGUUUCGUCUCAGUUGGAGCACGGUGAUGAUAGGUCUUCAGAGCAGUGUUAUAGUGAUCCCCGUUAACAUGCUGAUCGUCACGGUGUUCAGGAAACUCGCGCCAAAACAGAGCAAGGCGUCAAAGUAUGAACCGGGCCCGUACAGCGAGUUUGCAGACGAUGCCCAGAGUCACGCAAUGCCACCCAAACGAAGCACACUAUCCUCUAAGCAUUCUAUCAAAAAACAACAAAGCCAAACAUCCGAAGGACCCCCUAGUUUUGGCAACUUGGUUGUAAGUCCAGGGGGGUCUUGCACCUCUGUCGACGCAGCACUUGCUGACGUGGCGAUCGAUGAGAAAGAAACGUUAAGAAAAGAAAAGGUUGCGGAUGAGAAAGAGUCGAGCAAGUGCUCAUGGCGAAGCGUGAUAGGUUUCUUCAGCAACAAAGAUGACUCGGACGAGGACAAGAAGAAAUCCAAAUUCCUCUUUCCCCACUGGUGCCUGUAUGCGAAUUACGUCCUUGCAUUUCUCACGUGUUUCGCGUGCGCACUUUUCACUUGUCUUUAUGGCUUCACGUUUGGCAAGACAAAGUCGGAGGAGUGGAUAUCGUCGAUGCUCGUCUCCUUCACACAGAGUGUGGUUGUCGUGCAGCCCGCCAAGGUCCUUCUACUAGCCGCAUUUUUCGCGUUGAUAAUCAAGGACCCGGAUAAGGAGGAAGACGACGCUGACGACGAGAUGGAGCUGGUUGAAGACGCAAAACACGGCGAUGAUGAAGUUCGCGAGAAAAAAGCGCUGUUCGUCAAGCCCCCGGACCUCGAAAAGCUCCAGCAGGCGCGGCAGCUCCGCCUGAAGCAGCGCGAGAUGCAGGCGAUCAUCCGGGAGAUCAUAGGUCACCUGACCGUCGUGCUUAUCGUACUCUUCGUCGCCUUCGCGAACCACGACGAUCACGGAUUCAGGUUCAGCUCGGAGGCGUCGAGUCUUCUGACCUCUUUGUCCUCAUCUGGACCGUCAUUUGAUACGAUUACUAACUCGAACGAUUACUGGGGAUGGACGACGGAGACUGUGGCGAGUGCCCUGUAUCCUAUCGACGCUUUGAUUGGUUAUCGCUACACUGGGAUUAUGCGCAAUAAGCACAAUAGUAACGUCAUCGGGCUCGGCAGAAUUCGUCAGCUCAGGAUUAAAAAAGAGACAUGCCAGCCCCCCUCGCCACUGCGUCACCUCUCCCCAGAAUGCAACGCGGUUUACUCUUGGUCGCAUGAGGACAUGGAUAGCUAUCUCCCUCACUGGGCCAAGCAUGCCAACGAGACAGAAGCACAAAAAGCCGCGCUUACCAAAUCCCCGUGGCGAUACCAAGAUACGUGGGAACUACGAGGGUUCCCUUACCUCGGGAAAAUGGCAACUUACCGCGGUGGAGGGUAUGUACAGGACCUCGGUCCGGACAACGAGACCUUGUAUCAAUCAUUGAAGAAUCUCGCCUCUGGUGGCUGGAUUGAUCAAUACACCCGCGCGUUAUUCACAGAGGUGAACAUCUACAACAACAAUGUCAAUCUUCUAUGUGUUGUUACUCUGUUAUUCGAGUUUUUACCCAGUACUGGCGGUAUCCCGUUCGUGAAUGUCCAGCCAAUCAAGCUGUUCCGUUACUUGGGCGGGUUCUCGCACGCUCUGCUAGGCUUCGAGGUUGUAUUCCUGUUUUUGAUAUUCUACUGGGUCUAUCGUGAUGUCAAAAAGAUCAUAGAUCAAGGUAAAGCGUACUGGAAGGGGCUCUGGAAUGUGGUGGACUCCUUGAUUACUUCUCUGUCCAUCUGUGCCGUCGGAUUCUACUUUGCUCGACUCGUCUUCAUCAAUGUCGCCAUCAAACAGUUCCGCGAGGAUCCUAAACGCUUUGUCAGCUUCCAAUACGUAAUUUUACUCAACGAGGCGCACAAUUGCUUAAUGGCUGUCGUCGUGUUGUUACUGAACUUGAAAUUCCUCCGUUUAUUGCGGUUUAAUCGUAAGAUCUCCAUGCUGUCGGCGACUGUUAAGCUCGCUGCUAAGCCCCUGUUUGCGUACGCACUGGUCAUUUUUUUGGUGAUUCUUGCGUUUGCGUUCCUUGGUACACUGAUGUUUGGCACUCAGCUUCCACAGUAUCGUACGUUGACGCGGUCCGUGGUCGCAUUUAGCGAGAUGAUGCUGGGAAAGUUUGAUUUUUAUGAGCUCGCUGAGGCGAACAGAGCGUUCGGCCCGGGGCUCAUCUUUAUCUACCAACUCGCCAUGCAGUUCAUCCUGUUAAAUCUCUUCAUCGGGAUUCUAUGCGAGUCUUUUGAAGUCGUCCGAAGUGAUGCUCUUCAGCAGCCGAACGAGUACGAAAUUGUGAACUACAUGACAAACCGAAUUAAGUCGUACUUCGGGCAGACUGUGGCGCCCCCAAUUAAGCCCACUUAUAAGAAACCCUUGACGGAACUGGAACGGAACGUGGAUCAGAUCGAGAAUCACGCUGAUACGAUACUUUACUACAUGAGGAACCUUUUCUCGGAAGAUCUGCGCGCGUCGCGAUGGCUUGAGCCUGAGCACGACACGAGCAAAAAAGGGAAAGUGAUGGCCCUGUUUCUGGAACAGGGAGAGGAGGGGGAAGAGAUAGACGAGAACGAGUUCUUCGACAGCAUUCCCGUCAUGGAUGAUUUCCUGGAAAGGACUAAGGACAGUGAGCUGGAAGAUAUCUUUAACAAAAGGGUGAAGUCCCGAAGCAGUACAAGGUGCGGUUACCAUGGCAACCCCGUGACUGACAGCGAGUCAUCGGCUGAUGAUGAUACUGAUGAUUGCGAUGAUGACGAAGAGCAGGCUUCGACCUUAGCUCGGCCCAGUCUCCAUGAGUAUGAUAAGAUACCCGGUCAUCAUAACGAUCAUUUUUAUGCGAAUAUUGGCGAAACAGACCUCGACGAUUUGUACGAAGAGCUCAUGAACGACUUAGACAGUGGCUUGUACGAUAACCCCGACGACGGCCACACCCAAUCCCUCCAGAGGCAGCGGGAUCCUAUUGUCGCCCCGUGUUACGAUGCCCCUAAGCAAGGGGUGCCUGCCAAGCCUAUCUAUGACAACCCUAAUCUCGACGGAGCCUCUGAUUCCCUCCCUGUCUAUGAUUCUCUCUCCGGUGACCACCACUAAUCUCGUCAGCCGAGGUGUCCAUUCAUUAGACAUUUCACUGAGAUAUAAUAUCAUCAUCAUUAGCUUCAUACUAAACGUAGAGGAUAGUCCUGGACAUAAAGGUAAAAGGGAACAGGUAUUUUACCUUCAGGGGAGGUACAAAAUUUGGGUUACGGGGAACAAGAGCAUGUUAUUAAUACGAUUUUGUAUGUCCUUUUGGCUGCAUUUUAAACGCUUUUCAGGUAUGACACGGGAGUAUAACAUUCGAGGCUUGGAGACGAAGUUGGAGGAGAGGGACUGGGCUUUACAAGCCAUUAUCACCCAUCCCCUAGUGAUAAUAACGCUAACCUCUAUUAUUGCAUGGUAUCUAACAUUACAACUUGUAGAAAAGGGUUUAUAUGGCGUGAACAAUUGCCACAUAAUGUAAUACCAACGCAAAAUGCAUUUCGUUACUCAACGGAAUAGCUUGUUUUCAAAAGGUCAUGGAUUUUGCCACAAAAUGUGACAGUUUGUAGGUAGUUAUCCCUAAAGAACUAGACGAAAUCCCUUUGUCCUGUGGUUUAAAACAAUCCCUACAUAGGUGUUCUUAUACUGAGAUAAAAACGUGAGAUAAAAACGGGAAGGAUACGCCGUUAGCAAAUUUUAAUUAAAAUGCGUUUCUCAUAACAAAACAUUGCGCAUGUUUAAGCAAUGAAACUUGUAACGAUCAUUAUUUGUGAAACAAGUUUCCCAUCCGAUGAAAGGUUACAUCCACGCCAUCUAACCCUGGUUUAAAUAUAAUGAAAACUCAAUUUAUUUACUCAAUUAUUCCGUAUACAAGACGCAGCCUUUUUCAGUCAAAAAUGCUUUGAAAAUAGGAAAGUGUUUUUGGAAUAUGGGAUAUUUUUUGGCCAAUGACCCUGGUAGCGUCUCAUAAAACUGAAAAAUACGGAAAAUAAGGAGUUUGGCCGCAUGAAGCAUGUUUUUGCAUGGAAUGCAUGAAAACACGAUACACUUUCGUUAUGUCUCUCGUACUUUAUUAUAUAUUUUUUGUUUUUUCUUCUGCUCAGUAACGAUUAAAGCCGACAUGCUUGUCUAACACAAA